AUGUGUCCCCCACAUUUCACUCUUUCAUCACCACCAUUACCACCACCUACCUGUUUAUCUCCUCCUCCUCCUACUACACUCAAAAUAAUGUCCCUAAUUCUCCUACUGUCGUUCCUCUUCUUCUUCGGGCAUUAUGGUUCUGCUUCCCCAACAGUUCAAACCCUUGACAUUAAACCACAAUACUUCAAUCCCAAGCUCCCACCCAAAAGUCUCUCCUCCUCCAAGAAAUUUGAGGGCUCAUCAGACCUCGUAAACCUUCGCUACCACAUGGGUCCAGUCCUCUCCUCGCCGAUCAACAUAUACCUCAUAUGGUACGGCAAGUGGUCCCCAUCCCAACAACUCCUCAUCAAGGAUUUCCUCCUCUCCAUCUCCACCGUCAACCACCGCGCCGCCCCUUCCCCCUCCGUCGCCGAGUGGUGGAGCACCGUCUCUCUUUACACGGACCAGACUGGCGCAAACAUCUCCCGCUCCGUUCUCAUCGCCAGCGAGUACUCCGAUCGCCUUUAUUCCCAUGGCACUCACCUCACCCGCCUCUCCAUUCAAGAGGUCAUUGCCACAGCCGUCCGAUCCAAACCCUUUUCCGUUGAUCACAAAAACGGGAUCUAUCUCGUAUUAACCUCCGUGGACGUGACCGUACAGGAUUUCUGCCGAGCGGUGUGUGGGUUCCACUACUUCACCUUCCCAUCUAAGGUAGGGUACACUCUCCCCUACGCAUGGGUCGGAAAUUCGGGCAAACAGUGCCCCGAAGUAUGUGCCUACCCGUUUGCCGUACCGGGCUACAUGGGCGGCGGCGGCCCCGGAGCUCUGUCACCGCCGAAUGCGGACGUGGGUGUUGAUGGAAUGAUUAGCGUGAUCGGUCAUGAGCUCGCUGAGCUGGCGUCAAAUCCACUUGUAAACGCGUGGUAUGCGGGUGAGGACCCGACGGCACCGGCGGAGAUAGGGGAUCUGUGUGAGGGAUUGUACGGUAGUGGGGGUGGGGGAGGGUACAUUGGACAGGUGAUGAGGGACAGAGAAGGCAGGACUUACAAUGUGAAUGGAAGGAGGGGAAGGAAGUUUUUGGUACAGUGGAUAUGGAGCCCUGUGUUGAAGGCUUGUGCCGGUCCAAAUGCUUUGGACUAA